UUUGCGAGAAAGACGAGAUUGUGACGUAUCUCGGUCACGUUGUGACGUCAGAACAUGGCGUUACGAUCAGCUGGGUGUUGUGUAGAGAGUGCUUGAGAUGCCCGUCUUUAGAAAAUCCGCUAAGGACACCGUCUGUGUGCUCGAAUACUGACCAAGAUAUCCUCGAAGGCGAAAUGUCUCCGGACAGACCUGACGCAACAGGCAUGGAAACUGCUGUUGGUUUGACGAUUACACGGGUACUGAGCUUCCGCGAGGCAGUCUAUACAUUAAAGGAAGGGGACAAUGCAAGUACGUUCGUUGAAACGAGCUCAUCUGAUGAACUUAACAAAGAAAUUGAUAUAAGUGAAAAGUCUAUUGAAAAGAAUAGUCAGUCUGACGAUGACUUAACUUCCUUAAGCUGGCUGCACCAGCAAAAUUUACUCAAGGGAUUAGAAAUUUCAGAUCCCUCUAAGAAUAUUAAAAGUGAGAAUAUCUUAAACAACAAUAUUUGCGAAGACAGUGCAGACUUAUCAGAAAACACAAAUUCAAUUUCAAGUCUAGACGACAGCUACUCCCCAGAGAGCAAUGGCAAGACAAGUAGUUCUGGUGCUAUGCAUAUUCAAGGCCAAAACUUCCAAAACUCUAGUAAGAAUUAUCAGAAGUCGGUGCAAAUUUUCCAGGAAUCUGUCAAAAGUCAUUACAAUUCGGUGCAAAAUAAUCAGACAAAGAUAUCUUUGAGUAACAAUAAUCUUCCACCUUCAAAUCGUAAUAAGCACCCUACCCACAUACCAUACGAUCCUCAUUUGCAUAGAAAUAGCAAACCACCGUACUCAUUUUCCUGUCUGAUCUUCAUGGCGAUUGAGGACAGCCCAGUGAAAGCGUUACCCGUGAAGGAAGUCUAUGCAUGGAUUCUUGAUCACUUUCCGUACUUUAGGAAUGCACCGACUGGCUGGAAGAAUUCUGUAAGACACAACCUCAGCCUCAACAAAUGCUUUCGAAAGGUGGAGAAAGCCCCGAAUUUAGGCAAGGGUUCAUUAUGGAUGGUGGAUGCGCAGUAUCGACCAAAUCUCAUUCAAGCUCUAUCUCGUGCGCCAUUUCCUCCUCCGACUGCUCAAAAUCUUUCCUCACCGGAAAAAAACCCCAGAAAGUGCGCGAGUACACGCCUUCCUGAUCCAGUUCUUUUUCCAUAUCUUUCAAAGAGAUUGGCUUCUAGUAACAUUGGAGACAGCCCCGAGGCAGAAGUCGACAGUGACGUUGAUGCCGCGGCGGCUGCUAUGCUUUCCUUUAAACAUGGACCUAUUAUUUUAAAUCACAAUAAAGAUCGCAAGAGAAAGCUGGUAGAAUCGGAAAAGCUAGUUCCGGUAAUCACGAGGAGCUCCAGCGAAGACCACACGUACAGUUGCAUUACCUCUAUAAAACUGGAAAGUAAGAGGUGUUCAAAUGUUGACGGUACGGGAGCGGAUUUCGACGAGCAGAGAAAAAUAGCUGAGGGUGCUGAUGCUCUUCUCAAUCUGGCAGGUGUUAAUACACUAAGCCAUGCUCGAAUUCAUCCAGGACAUGGAACUGGAGGAGUCUCGAAGGUAGAUGAAAUGCCGAAAAUAAAAUCAAGACGCCCAACACCUAGCAACGACUACUCCUCGACGUCGAAUGGUCCCGAUAAGAGGCGUAGACGCUGGCGGGAAUGGGGUGAGGGCAACCGAUAUCUCAAACAGGUUAGGGGGUAAUAGAGAAUGUCGUCGAUCGUCGUGGAAAGAUGUAGAAUAUGAUCGCGUACUAGCGCUGUUCUAUCAGAGACACGAUGGAGAGUGUCUGCAAUCGUGUGUUCCCGCGGCGUACUCAAAUUCGAAUUCGAAUCAUCUUAAGGAAUCUGCGAAGAUUGCUGUCGAGAGAUAAUGUACAGAGUACUGGAAACCGUAAAGGGUUAAUAGGACAAGAAGGGGUAGGGGCAAGUAGGUAGGGGCAAGCUAUAAGAUGUUUUUGCGCCUGGUGCAAUUAUAUUUUUUGCUAUGUGAUGAAGGAUUUUCAUAUGCGUUUUAUGGCCUUUAAAGGCUGAGGACGAUCGCGUUGUGAACGUGAAAAAAAAUAUCAAGAAAGACCCGGAUUACGGAUACUCUGCACGUUGUGGGGUUUAUCAGUGUUAUCCCAAGAGAAGGUCUAUACGUGAAGGACGAGUUUAAUAUCGCAAAAUCGCAUUACGAUGGUAAUCUCGAUCAAGCGCGUCUCUUCGUGGGUAUACGCGUUUGCUCAGGGUUCGAAACUCGCUAAAUGCCAAAAUGAAUUCAGUAGCACUAAACUUCAAGCAAUAAUAGAAAGGUAAUGAUAAUGGAUUAUCUUCUAAGUAUGUAAUUGAGAAAAGAGGAAGAAAGCAAAUAGUUUAAUGCGAGUGAAGGGAAAUACUAUCGCGUACUAUACCGAGUUACGGUAAACUUUUUAGAACUGUUGUGAGCGAUUAUACAUAUUAAUUGAUAGAGAGUUUAAUUAAGGAUAAUAGAGAAGGUCUAUAUUAGGUUUCUUUCUGUAGAUAUGUAUAGAGAUACAAUUGAUUAUAAUGCGAUAGAGAAAUUGAUAAUAUAUUUGAAAAGAAAAAUAUAUAUAUAUAUAUUAUAUGAAUAUAAGUACAGGCAUCCAUACACACACGUACAUGUGUACAUUUAUGCGUACAUGUACACAUGGGUCACACAUACACGACCGUACACGUGACUUUAGGAUGCUUCAGAAUGUGUCGGCGGCAACGAACAAACGACACGUUCCGGAAUGAUUAUCGUGAAUCGUAAAUUCAUGAAAAGAAAACGUCUAUCAUUUCUCGCCUUUUUCUACUCUAUUCGUGGCUUUUAAGAUGAUUUUGAAUUGUGCUGUACAUACGUUGACCCUAUGAUGCAAGCAUAGGUCGGUUUUUCAGUGCCUUCUGGGUACGGUGUUCUUUUUAUCUAGGUCGUUAUUAUCUUACAGACAGGUACUUAGUACAGAAUCGAAAUGUCAGCUUAUUUUUAUAGAAAAAUCAUCAAUAACAAGCGAUACCAUCUUGAGAAUAUGUUGCAUAACAAAGUGAACAAUAUGACGAACUAGAUUGAAAUAACGAGAAAACCGGCCUCAUGUGAAUACGUGUGUAGUAGUUCUAUAUAGAGAGAAGGUAUAUUUUUACAGGGCGCUCUGCCCGCGUGAUAAAAGCUCUUCCUAACAAUUCGCUGAUACACAGUUCAUUAGCUUAUACCGUUUACAAAUUAUUGACGUAGCGAAUACAGCAACACUACGAAAAUACGUGUAUGGUAGCGCACCUCGAACAAUGCCGCUCGCACGAAAACGUUUAAUUGUGUAGCUCAAAGAUGUACUUUUACAGGACAUUAUUCUUUUACACCGACUUACUAACAUUCAUUACACAGACAAUACUGGACAUACUGUUAUUCUUUAUUUUUGCACUCUUUUCAUUCAGAAGAAACGCAGAUUAACAUUCAUACGCAAAUAGAAUUUGAAAUUUGAUUUAUUACGAGUGUUCGACUCAACUCAAUCUCUGAUGAUAAAGGAAUAGUAUUAAGUCGCAUGAGUUAACGGCAUGAAUAAAAUAACGUGCCUAACUUUUUUUUUUCCUGUGGAAAUGUGUAAGACUCAACACACAGUUUUGGAAUCUAAUGGGUUUAUUACGAUUAAUGAAAUAAUGACAUGUAUAAAAUUAAUUAUUUAUUCAUUACUCUACUCGAUACGAUGGAAAAUAAUCGAACGGACCUUGACAGGGCGCGCUGCCAAAACUUUUUUAUGUGAUUGUAGCUAGUCUACCGCGUAGGGAGGUCUAGGCCGAGAGUGCAGAGAAGAAUGCCAUAUAUCUAUACAAGCGAGCAACGAGGUUUAGAUAUGUCUGAUGAUAUUGCAAUAAUCCUUUUGAAAGGACUGUAAUAGUAGUUUAUAAAUUUAUAUUGGUUUUCUAAAAAAUUAUUGGUACAUGGUGGAUAUUCACCAAAGAAUUUUAUUUCAAACUUCCCUACAUUCGAGCAUAAUGUAUUUGCUUGCAUUAUCUGUGAUACUGUUAUAAAAAUUAUUAUACCAUUGCUAUUGUUGUAUCAUUAUGAUGUAAUGGUCAUAACAUUUUAUAAAUUCUCAUUUAAAAUUGUUUUUAUAUCAAAUUGAUUUUAACAUAUUGCCUGAUUUGUUCAAUGUUGUUUGGCAUUCUUAUCCUCUCCGUACUCUUUUGGUCCAGACGAAAAUUACAUGCACCCUAGAAUUAAUUGAUAAAAAUGAAAUAAUAUAAUUUAACAAUUCAUUAAAAUUUUAAGACUAGCUUCCGUUUGCUACGACUGAAGGUCUGCUCUUCCAUGUAGCUUAUUCUAAAGUAAUUGAUUAGGAGGCUAAAAGCCUAUUAUCAUCACAAUAGGGGUAGCUGAUCAUUAAGUUAACGCUAAAUUACUUGAUUAGCAACAUAACGUAAAGCAAUAUACCAGUAAGACCUGAUAUCGGAUGAAAUACUCUAGUCAGCCGGUUUUCAUAGUUUGUAUGUUCGCUCAUAAAUCUCUUCCAAAGCUUCGCAGUAAUGACCUUUCCAUGGAUAAUCCAUGAACUCUUAUACGCAAUACAAACUAGACCUUUUUUAUAAUAACAUAAUGAGUUAUGUACAUAAAUUUUUGUAUUAGCACAAAAUUUUUCUGUUGUCAUCGAAUGAGAGAACCGGCUGGCGCGCAAGAAAAUUUAUUAUGCAAACAUGUACUAUGAACGGACAUAAUAAUAUAAGACGACAAUUUAAGAGAUACACCUAGCCACGGACAAUCAAAAUGCGACACUGUUUGAUUUGGUUCUGUUGUAUGACGUCGUGCCAAACCCAGGAUUCUUUUAUUUUGGAAAAAUGAGAAUCUACCGCUAUAAUUUAUAGUACAUCUAUAUUGUAUAAUAUAAGAAUUUUGUUGGCGUAAUAUGUAAUAUUGAUUAUUAUUAUAUUAUAUUAUUAUUAAUUUUAAAAGAAUCAAUGUAAAAUGUUUGUUAAGUUUUUGGCCUUGCUUAUACAAUUUAAGUGUAAUAUUUUAGGGUGUAAUCACGACCGAACUUUACCUAAUGAAUUCGAGAAAAAGCAGUUAUUGAACAUUUUAUUCUUCCUCCUAGAUAUUGUUCAGUAUUAAAAUGUUCACGGUUUUCUUCUGAACAUUCAAGGUAAAAGGCAUAAGUCACAUCAACUUCACUCUAUACAAUAAAACUCCUGCAACUCAUCUCCUUGCUGCAAAAAAAAAAAACAUGUAAA